CAUUCUUCUAGUUUCCACACCUUAUGUUCUCCAAUCCAACACAUAUAUUUUCUUUCACAAAAAAAGACAUAUUUUACCUUGUUUUGUUUUACAUAUUCUUAUAUUUUAUCGAUUUGUCUUUGUCCCCGGCUCAUGGGAAUGUCGAAUAGGUCAGUUUCUACAUCCAUUUUUUUCCUUGCAUUGGUGGUUUUGCAUGGAAUUCAGGACACAGAAGAGAGACAUUUGAAAACUACUUCGUUAGAGAUUGAGGGAAUUUAUAAAAAAACUGAGGCCGAGCAUCCUAGCAUUGUGGUCACAUAUACACGGCGUGGUGUCCUUCAGAAGGAGGUCAUUGCCCACCCCACAGACUUUAGGCCAACAAAUCCCGGAAACAGCCCAGGCGUUGGACACUCUAACGGGCGACAUUGAUUCGAUCAUAUCAUACGUCAUAAUCUUAUAUCAUAUAGAAAAUUACAUGUAUUUUCAUUCAGACUUGUCUUCUAAUGCUAAAGGGGUGUUUGGACAUCACUUUAUCAUUUCAAUGUUUUGACAGUACUAUGAUCAUUAUGUCUUUGUCGUGGGUUUGUUACACUGUCACGUAUUGUAAGAUUAUAUAAUGAAUGAAUUGCUUUUAAAAAUUAAUAUAUACAUUAAUGAUAAA